CGGUCCCUGUCCCUCUGUCCGUCUCUGUCCCUCUGUCCCUCUGUCGGUCCCUGUCCCUCUGUCGGCGUGCCCAUGCGGGCCCCGCUGCCCCCCACGCGGCUGCUCUCUGCGGAGCGCGGCGCGGUGCUGCUGUCGUGCGCGCUGUCCUGCGCGGGCUCGGCGCUGCUGCUGGGCUCCCAGGCGCGCUGGCCCGAGCUGCGGACGCGGCCGCGGCAGCUGCUGCUGCACCUCAGCCUGGCCGACCUGCUCUCCGCCCUCUCCUACUUCUACGGCGUGCUGCGCGACUUCCAGGGCACCUCGUGGGACUGCGUGCUGCAGGGCGCCCUGUCCACCUUCGCCAACACCAGCUCCUUCUUCUGGACCAUGGCCAUCGCCCUCUACCUGUACCUGAGCAUCGUCAGGGGCUCGCCCGCCGGCCCGGCCCUGCUCUGGGGCUUCCACGCCGUCAGCUGGGGAGUCCCCCUGGCCAUCACGGUGGCCGCCGUGGCCCUGAGGAAGAUCGGCUACGACGCCUCCAACGUUUCUGUGGGCUGGUGCUGGGUCAACCUGGAGGCUGAGGAUCGGCUCCUGUGGAUGCUGCUGACAGGGAAGGCCUGGGAGAUCCUGGCCUACGUCACCCUGCCCGUGCUCUACCUGCUCAUCAAGAGGCACAUCAGCAGAGCACACGCCGCUCUCUCCGAGUAUCGCCCCAUCCUGCCCGGGGCCCCGGCCCUGCGGCCCCGCUCCAGCGUGGCGGACACGAAGCUCAUCCUCAUCCCCGUCAUCUUCAUCUUCCUCCGCGUCUGGAGCACCGUGCGCUUCGUGCUGACCCUCUGCAACUCCCCCGCCGUGCGGAACUCCGUGCUGGUCGUGCUGCACGGAAUCGGGAACACGUUCCAAGGAGGAGCCAACUGCAUCCUGUUCGUGCUGUGCACGCGCGCCGUGCGCGCCCGGCUGCUGGCCCUGCUCUGCUGUCACCAGCUGGCCUGGCCUGCCCGGGCAGCCCCCGGCCCCUGGCAGCACCCUCAGCCCCCCGGGGACAGCGACAGCGACAAGGACAAGGACAAGGACAAGGACGUGCCUGGCCCCGGGCAGGCGAAGCCGCUGCUGCCCAGCACCUGAGGCAGCCCCGGCUGCUGCUGGGUCCUGCUCGCGGUAAAACCCAGCGCGGGGUGCUGGCACAGCCCCGCAGAGGGAGCUGCAGCCCGGGGAAAGCGGCGCUGGAGAGGCUGAGCCCUGCCCGGGUCCCGCUGCUCACUCACCCGCCGGGAUGCUCUGCACGGACUGCGCUCCCUCAUCUCCCUCAUCUCCCUCAUCUCCCUCAUCUCCUCAUCUCCCUGUGCCUCCCCUGGGAUCUGAGCGCUCGCUGGGGUCUCGCUCUGGGUGCUCAGAGGCUGCGGGAGCUGCUGGAAGGACUGUUCGGGGCACGGCUGUCUGUCCUGCCGGCUGCAGCCCGCUCUGGUCCCCGCUCAGCUGGGACAAGGCAAUGUUCAUUUUGUGGUGCUGGGUGUUCCUCCCUCCCCUGGUGCUGAGGGGCUGUCACCGUGGGGCUUGGGGGUUCUCCUGAGGGCACCAGAGCCCUGCAGGCUCCCUGGGUGCUGGGGUGGGGAUGUGCCCCAGGCUCCCCAGGGACAGCCCUGCCCUGCAGGACAGAGCCUGGCCCCGAGCUCAGCCCCUGGGCACUGCUGGGGAGGGCUGGGGGUCCCUGUGCCACUUGGAGAUGAUAAUGUUUUACCUCAUUCACAGCUCCUCACUUGUGUUGGGUUGGGGGUUUUUUUGGGUUUUUUUUGGUGGUUUUUUUUUUUUUUUUUGGGGGGGG